AUGGAAUUCUCUUCUAAUUAUGCAAUUUUCUUUUUCAUACUGUAUAAUUUGGCAGCAUUAUUUUUACCGGCGUCCUCGUCUAUAAAGCAACGCUGCCGCGAUGACGAGAGGUCGGCAUUGUUGCAAUUCAGAGAGAGCUUUUCGAGUAGCAACAAUUGCUACUCUCGUUCUGAUUAUUCGAAAGUUGAGUCAUGGAAAACUACUAGAAAACAAGGAUUUAGCAACGGACUUUCGAAAGUCUUGGACGAGAAAAUAUUAGGUGAUUGUUGUGCAUGGGAAGGCAUAAGGUGUGAAAAUGAAAGUAAUCAUGUCAUAAGCUUGGAUCUCAGCAACAGUUGUAUCUCAGCUUCUAUCAACUCUAAUUCAACCCUUUUUGCACUUGUUCACCUUCAAAGCCUGAACCUAGCCUAUAAUGACUUCCGCUCGUCGCAAAUUCCGUCGCGAAUAGACGAGCUCUCAAGUCUAAUGUAUCUCAACUUCUCCAAUUCAUUUUUUUCUGGCCAAAUCCCACCACAGCUUCUGAAUCUCUCAAACUUGGCUUCCCUCGACCUAUCUAAUAACUACGGCCUGAACCUGCAAAGGCCUAGUUUUAGUGAUAUUGUUCUAAAAUUUACCAAUUUGAAGCAACUUCAUCUCUCGUAUGUAAGCAUUUCUUCAAGUGUUCCGAAGCUUCUUUCAAAUGUUUUAUCUUUAGAAUCUCUUCGGCUUGCUACAUGUCGUUUAAUAGGCGAAUUUCCAGUUGAUGUCUUCCAACUCCCGAAUCUGAAAAUACUCGACCUGAGCUAUAACCCGUAUCUUAAAAUUGAGUUCCCGAAUUUUCGAUUGGGGAGACCUCUAAAGUCACUGAACCUCUUUCAAACAAACACACUUUCAACUACACAGAUACCUGCUUCAAUAGGAAACCUUAUCUACAUGGAAAAGCUUCAGCUAUCUCACUGCAAUUUCACCCCUGCCUCCAUUGAAAACCUCGUCCACUUGAAGUUACUCACCAUCACGGGUUGCGUCUUCACCCAUCCGAUUCCACCCACAUUCUCUAAUUUUACCAAGCUUCAGUAUUUAGACCUCUCAAAUAAUCACUUCAACUAUCACCCCUCGACUACUUUUUCAUUCCCCUGGCUCGGUAAGCUCACCGAGCUCACUCAACUGUUCUUGAACAGAAUCAAUAUGAGUGGUGAGAUCCCAUCUUUUCUCAUGAACCUCACUCAACUUUCUCAUCUUACUAUGCAUAAUAAUCUACUUACUGGUCCGAUCCCAUCAAGCCUCAUGAACCUCACCAAACUUAAACAUAUAGACUUGUCACACAACCGAUUAUCUAGUCAAAUUCCGUCUCAGAUUGGCCAUCUUACCGUCAUGUCUCACUUGGAUCUUUCAUUUAACAAACUCGAAGGCCGAAUUCCUACCAAUUUAUCUCGGCUCAACAAUCUUGGGAAUCUUAAUCUUCGCUCAAAUAAGUUGACUGGCAUGUUGGAGUUCAAUAUAUUCUCCGAGUUAAAGUAUUUACACACUCUUUCUUUAUCAGAUAAUCAUGUAUCAUUGGUAGCCAAAACUAUGACAAAUACAAGCUUCAAAAAUAUUUAUCUCCUCGGAUUGGGGUCCUGCAAUUUAUCCGAGUUUCCGAGCUUCUUAUUACAUAACCAAUUAGAUAAGUUGACAUUUCUAGACCUCUCCUCCAACAAUAUUCACGGCCAAAUUCCGUCUUGGACAGGUCUAAAAUCCUUGGAAAUUUUAAACCUUUCGCGUAACCAUUUAACUGGUUUUCGUAAAGAUUCAACCAUUCUUCAAUUGUCCCGACUACGUAGUCUAGACCUUCGGUAUAAUAUGCUGCAAGGAUCUCUUCCGAUGCCCCCAUCAUCGACUUAUUUCUACCUAGUUUCGCACAACAAGAUAUCAGGUGAAUUGUCACCUUCAGUUUGCAAUUUGAAUUCGCUUCAAACACUUGAUUUGUCCUUCAACAAUUUUCACGGAAAGCUUCCCGAAUGUCUAGGAAAUUUUAGUAAUUCCUUAUUGCUGUUGGAUCUUAAAAGAAACAGCUUUCGCGGAACCAUUCCGUCAAUGUGGAGAAAUGAUUGUAAGCUGAAAAUGAUUAGUAUGAGCCACAAUCAAUUACAAGGGCGAGUACCAAGAUCCUUACAGCACUGUUUGUCAUUGGAGAUGAUUGAUUUCGGAAGCAAUCAAAUUAUUGACGUAUUCCCUUCUUGGUUAGGCAGUCUUUCCAAGUUGAAAAUUCUAAUUCUAAGGUCUAAUGGUUUUUAUGGUAGGGUGGAAAAUUUAGAUGCCACUGGAUUCUCCAACCUUCGAGUCAUGGAUUUGUCGAAUAAUCAUUUCAGCAGAAAGAUUCCGUCAAAAUUCCUUCACAUUCUGAACGCCAUGAAAGUCAGAAACACGAGCCGGAUGACAUACAUGCAAGAUUAUAUGAUCCCGAAUUCUAUCUUCGCGUUUUCUUAUUUUGGGUACUAUGAUUACUCAAUGACAUUGUACAACAAAGGCUUGGAAAUGAAUUACAUGAAGAUCCCCGAUAUUCUGGUGGGCAUGGAUCUAUCCAACAAUAAAUUUCAAGGAGAAAUUCCUGACAUUAUCAGAAAUCUUAAAGGCCUUCAGCUCUUAAACCUUUCUGGCAACACUUUUACGGGUGCCAUCCCGUCUUCUUUGGCAGAUUUAAAGGCAUUAGAAUGCUUGGAUCUUUCCAAGAAUCAACUUUCAGGGCAGAUUCCUAUGAAGCUCACCGAACUGACUUCGCUCUCAUCGUUUGACGUGUCGUUUAACGAUCUUUCAGGACCUAUGCCGCAGGGAAAUCAGUUUUGCACUUUUGAAUCAAGAUCAUAUGAAGGGAAUCCGAACCUGUGGGUGGAUACUUGGACGAAGCAAUGCGGAAAUUCAAAACUCACGCCAGUAUUUGCACCUCCAUCAUUCAUAGAAGAAGUAUCAUUCGAAUCAGAAUUCCAAAUAAAUUCGAUUAUAGUUUCAAUGGGGUAUGCAAGUGGGGUGGCGGUUGGAGUAGUAGCCGGGAACGAGUUCGCUAGAAGAAAACAAUACUGGUUUAGGAAAAGAUUUACAAAGAAAAACAAGAGGUGA